AAACUCUCUUCAAAACCUGCGUCAAGCCAACUGAGGGUAAUCAGACCAAAGAUUCAAGAACAUAUUCACAAAGAAUGGAGCAUCUGCGAGUCUCUCUCUUUCUUCUCCUGCUCUUCUGUUCACCGUGUCUGAGUGAAGGGAAAACUUUCUUUACUCAUCUUGGCACGCUGUGCGCUGAAGACUGCAAGCCUGACGGCGGCGAAUACAAGUGCAGGAGCACCGAUGAAGACGGAAAGAGCCAAAGCAUGUACUGUUCACCUCAGCAGAACGUGGACUACUGGGGCAGACAGUGCCGAGCCGACAGCAUGUGUGCUAAAUAUGGAGAAGACUACUGCUGGUGCAGGAUUAACAUCUUCAGCUGGGGAUUCUGUGGGCUGGUGAAGGAGGACCAGACCCUCGGAGAUGCUGGAGAAGACCAUCACAACACUUCUCCACAUCGCAACAGGAGAGACCGAAAAGUGGUGGAGGUCAUUAAUGACCAAGAUAUCCACAAAACAAUAACUAUUUCAGUGGAGGAGGCUGGAAGUGACUUUGCUGCGAGUAAUAAUAAACUGAGAAAAGAGGCAGCAGACCUGAUCAAUCACUGGGAUAAUUCACACCUGGUGAACCAGGCUCAAUCUGAACUGAUUACAUCAGACAGUUUCCGAAUUGACAUGCAGGGUAUGAUUAAAGACAAUAACAAAAAUAAAUAUUACCACAACCUGCAGGUCCAGAUGAAUAUCAAACGGAGUAAAAAAUUCCCAAGCACCACCGUGUCUCAGGUCCUUGUUCAACAAGGUGGCGCCCCGGACCACUACAUCCGCGCAGCCUUUUUACGCAGCAUGAAUGAUCAAGUUCGGGUUUUCAUUGAUGUUGACGACCCUUAAAGCUAUUCACAAGUAGAAAACAGAGUAUAUGCAGAGCUAGUGUUUCUUCCCAUGCUAAAAAAAACUUCCGAUGAACAGUUAAUGGGACUUUUAAAAAUUUUAUACGGUUUCUUUUAUAGCAUCGAUGUUGAAAUGUGAUUAAAAUACAUUCAGUUAAGUAGACUUCAGCGUUUCACUUGAUUGUUCAAGUGUAAAACGAGUUGAAAAGUCUUUUACAAACACGCGCGCACUGUUAGGAUCAGUAGGCGAGUGCAGAAACACCAUUGAAAGUAUUUGAGUAAGUGAAUGCUCAUAUUAUAAAGACAUGGUGUGUGAAAAUGUAAUUUAAGGCAGUGCUUCUUGUACAAUCUCAAUAUAUCGGAUAUCAAUCAGGCAGUGAAGAUCAUUGAUAACAGACCUUAAAACACAAUGAUUUGUGUAACAGCAUACAGUUCACCAGAAGCGCUUGACCCAGAUUACUGCAAAAUAAGUCCUUCUGCAUAACUGUGCAUAUACUCUGUCACACUUUCUCAGCAAGCACAAAUAAUGCAAGACAGCUCAUGUAUUGCAGAGGUUAAUUACUGUGUUUUACAGCUGAAGUUUAAAAAAAUAAUCUCUUACCUGCCGUUCUGCUUUGCUUUGCUGCUGCUUGUACUGCUCUCUCAAAUAAAGGUUGAUUUCAUGCGA